AUGUUUGAGGAGUUUCGGGCAUGUGCAGUGGCGGACGCCACGGGGGAGACGGUCAACACAACUGGUCUCGAGAACUUGAUUGCGUACUACGAGGCUGUCCUCCAAAGCGACGAGGGAAAGCCUCUGGAUAACAUUGAGUUACUCUACGGAGAAGCGAAAGAGCUGGCUGCCAAGGCCAAGAUAUCCUAA